AUAUAAAACUCGAGGUACUCGCGGUCUUACCAUCCAGACACUCCUAGAGACCGGCUGAAACUAGAUUAUCACUUGUACACUUAAAAAAUUCGUUAUUAAUUCUUCAACAGAAUUAGGAAGCAUUGUCCAGGGUACACCGUUACCAGAGGAUUAUUUUACUGAUUUUAAUUCAACUGUUUGUUAGCCAGUUGAACGAUUAUUGAACGAACUGAACUCGUGCUCUAGUUAUCGGGUGUUCGACUCAGUGAUUUCCCUCGGAAAAACGUGGAAAAUCAUAAUACAUAGUUUGGCUUUACUAUUGCGCAGUUCUUACUUGUGUGGAAAUUUGAGUGUAGUGGUUGAUUCGGCUUCACUGGAUCUUUGAAUUUUUUUUAAAUCCUGGUGUUGUCAGAUGAAGAGGGAAAUGAAGACGUCACCGACUUAUGCCGACAGUCUCCUCAAGCCAGAGAUCAAAGAUGCUUGCAAGGAUCUUGUCCUCUCGGACGAACAGCUCAGACUUCUCAUGGACCGACUGAAUCAUGAAAUUGAACGAGGUUUGUCAAAAGAGACACAUGAAGAGUCCAUCGUCAAGUGUUUCACCACUUACGUCCAGGAUCUGCCGAAUGGAACAGAAAAGGGAAAUUUCCUGGCACUGGAUCUGGGUGGGACGAACUUCCGAGUUCUUCUCAUUACGCUGGACGGCCAAAAUUUCGACAUGAAGAGCAAAAUCUACGCGAUUCCACAGAGUCUAAUGCUGGGAACUGGUACCCAAUUGUUCGAUCACAUAGCUCAGUGUCUUGCCCUCUUCGUCAAGGACCUGGAGUUGGAGAACGAGAUUCUACCGCUUGGAUUUACCUUCAGUUUUCCACUGACCCAGCAUGGACUCACCGAGGGCUACCUCGCCAGGUGGACGAAGGGCUUUGACUGCAGCGGUGUCGUCGGGGAGGAUGUCGUCAGACUCCUGGAGGAUGCCAUCGCCAGAAGAAACGAUGUUAAAAUUGACGUCUGCGCCAUACUGAAUGAUACAACAGGAACAUUGAUGUCAUGUGCGUGGAAAAAACCAGGAUGCAGAAUUGGUCUGAUUGUUGGCACUGGCAGUAAUGCAUGUUACGUAGAAAAAACUGAGAAUGCACAGUGUGCAAAUCCUGGUAACUACAACCCUAACAAGACAAGUAUGCUGAUCAAUACUGAAUGGGGUGCACUUGGAGAAGCUGGUACCCUCGAUUUCGUUGUGACUGAGUACGAUCAGGCAAUCGACAGAAAUUCGAUAAACCCCAGUAAACAGAUAUUCGAGAAGAUGAUAUCAGGAAUGUACAUGGGAGAAUUAGCAAGACUCGUACUUGAGAAACUAGUUGACAAUGGAUUAUUGUUUGGGGGCAAAUGUCCAGUGGAUUUGAAGACACGAGGAAAAUUCUUCACUAAAUAUGUUUCAGAAAUAGAGGCAGAUCCCAAGGGGAAAUACACAAAUUGCCGGGAGGUUUUAGCGGAAUUGGGGAUACGUAAUCCAUCUGAUCAAGACUGUGAGAAUGUUAGAUACGUGUGCUCAGUUGUGUCGAGGAGAGCUGCACAUUUGGCGAGUGCUGGUAUUGCUUGUUUACUUAUAAAAAUUGGGGAGGACAAUGUUACUGUUGGAAUUGACGGGUCAGUCUACAGAUUUCAUCCACAUUUUCAUGAUCUUAUGACUGAGAAAAUUAGCCAACUACAGAAGUACAAGUUCGAUUUGAUGUUGUCCGAAGACGGCAGUGGUCGAGGUGCAGCGUUAGUUGCUGCAGUAGCUGCACAAAAACGGUGAAGACACACCGAUUAAUCAAUAAUUUGAUAAUUAAUUGAAUUUUUAGAUGUAAAUUAAAGCGAUCGAAAGAAGAGAAAAACUUUAAAAAAACGAUGAACUUAAGGAGAAGUACUUUGUUUGUCACACUACUUGUAAAUAGAGCACAAAGAGAUAAGAUCAUUGAUUUAAAUAUAAAAGAAAAAUCGUGUAUAGAUUAAAUAGCCUAGGUCGUUGGCUGACGUGAAUUAGGAAUACUAGUCUGGUCGAUAUUCAGGAAAAAAUGAGAAAUAAAAAGUUAUAAUUUUCUUCUCGAUCUUGCGUGUAAUACUGAAGGGACAAAACGAUGUCAAAGUGGAUAUUUAAGUCGAUAGCUAACAAACAUUGUUAUACAGAGAGAACAAUUACACCCCGGUUACUUAAAUUUCAUUUUGUAAUAAUCACAUUAGUUUGUCUACAAAAAGAUAAAAAAUGAAUGUCGUUAAUCCGAUGUGGACAAAAAAAAAUGGGCGAGUGGGUGAGAGUAUUUUAAGAGUAACCUGUGAAUAUGUGUGCAAAUGUGAUUGUAAGACAAAAAAAAAUCAACAGCAGUGAUGUUAAAAAUCAAUUGGAUGAAAUUAUUUAUUCAAAGGAGAAAUCGGGAGGAACGACAUUUGUGACGAUUUAUAAAUUAUUUGUAUCGUUACUUAAUUCGUAUUAAUUAAACGAGAUGAAUCUUACAACAA